AUGAUUUCGUCUUCUUCACCUGAUGUUUUCCAUCAGACAAGAAUUGUACAGCUGCAAAUCAAGUCUUCGAACUCCAAUUUGCAACAAAUGGAACGCAAGACUCAUACAUCAACAGUUUCUGAAUACCAAUUGGAUAUGUUGGAACACCUAUUAUCGGUUGAAUCACACACGUUACCCAAUGUAUCGUUAAUUGAACAACAACCAGAGAUUAAAUUGAGCAUGAGACCUUUGUUGCUUGAUUUCUUGAUGGAAGUAAUUACAAUUCUUAAUUUAUCAAGAUCGACAUUCCCGUUGACGGUGAAUUUAAUUGAUCGUUAUUGUUCUACUAGAAUUGUCAAGAAGCAACACUAUCAAUUGUUGGGGUUGACCAGUUUAUGGAUAAGUUGUAAAAACUUGGAUCCUAAAUUUAAGAUACCUACAUUGAAUGACUUGCGCAAGAUUUGUGUUGAUAGUUAUAACAAGGAGUUGUUUAUUGAAAUGGAGAAACAUAUUCUUAAAUCCUUGGAAUGGGUUGUCAACAGCCCUACAUUCGAUGCUUUUGUUGAUGUAUUUCUCAACAUGUUGGUGUCAGUAAAUGAUGCCAAUUAUUCAUCAGUGAUCAAGAAGCACUACAACAAAAUCAAACUUUCAUCAUACUACCUUGGUGAACUAUUUCAGUUUUACCCAAACAUGUAUUUUGAGUACUCGUCAUCACAAAUUGCCAUUCUUGCGAUCAUGUCAAGUAUAUCAACCUUGAAACUUCCUAUCAACAUCAUGACCAUUAUGAACUUUUACAAUACAUUGUUGGAUAAUGGAACUAUGCAAUUGUCAAUUGAAAGUUUCCAAACUGUGUUUAGAGCCAUUAGAGUAUUGUCGUUGCCAAAUAGUUUACAACAGAAGUACUGUGUCAAUCAUCGUGGUAACAGUAAUCACAACAACGGUAAUAACAGUACCAAUGCAAACCAAAAUCUACCACCAAAAACACCCAAAGUGUCAAUGCCAUUGACGCCGGGGCCUAGUCCUGAAGAGAAGGUGUCACGGAAAAGACACAAUGGUCAUAUGGAUUCACUGAUGAUGGUUCAUGAGAGGAAGAGGAGCUGUAUAGAUUUAGGAGUAAGAAUAUAA